CAUUCCGUGUCAUCUCUUGAGCGGUUAACAGCGCUGUGAGGAGCCGGGUCUUUGUACUUUUUUACCACCCUUGUGCGGUUGCUUUCCGUGGGAUUACUUUAUUUCUCUUCUGGGCAUUUGGUGCCUCGAUGGGUACAGAUUUCGUAAAUGCUUUUUAAGAACGCCAGCAGCACAGCAGUUAAGAACGGCUCCUUUGAGGGCGUAGGGCUUGUCUUAUACUUACCAGGCUUCUAUUUCACCGGAGAGCCUCCUUGGCAGCAAAGCUGAGGCCCUCUUUGUAAUAAACCCCAUCUCUAACUUGUCCAUUUUGUUGCAUUUCCAUCUUGUGAUUUUUAUUACGUUGAGACAAUGAACAGCUUCAGCAACGAAGACUUCGACUUCAGCUUCCUCGAGGAAGGUUUUACUGCCCGGGAUAUCCUGGAGCAGAAGAUCAAUGAAGUGUCCUCAUCUGACGAUAAGGAUGCCUUUUAUGUUGCUGAUCUUGGUGAUAUUGUGAAAAAGCAUGUGCGCUGGCACAAAGCACUCCCUCGAGUAACUCCAUUUUAUGCCGUCAAAUGCAAUGACAGCAAGGCCAUUGUCAAGACUCUCUCCAUUUUGGGUGCUGGAUUUGACUGCGCCAGCAAGACUGAAAUACAACUUAUCCAGAGUAUCGGUGUUCCACCGGAAAGAAUCAUCUAUGCCAACCCAUGCAAACAAGUUUCCCAGAUCAAAUAUGCUGCUAGCAGUGGUGUGGAGAAGAUGACUUUUGACAGUGAAGUGGAACUAAUGAAAGUGGCAAGAAAUCACCCCAAUGCCAAGCUUGUUCUGCGGAUAGCCACAGAUGACUCCAAAGCAGUUUGUCGCUUGAGUGUAAAGUUUGGGGCCACCCUUAAAACCAGCAGGAAUCUUCUGGAACGUGCAAAGGAGCUCAAUGUGGAAAUCAUUGGUGUAAGUUUCCAUGUUGGCAGUGGCUGCACAGAUCCUCAGACAUUUGUGCAAGCUGUUUCUGAUGCCCGAUGCGUCUUUGAUAUGGGAGCAGAGCUUGGAUUUAAUAUGCACUUACUUGACAUUGGUGGUGGCUUUCCAGGGUCUGAAGAUGUCAAACUCAAGUUUGAAGAGGUGACAUCAGUAAUAAAUCCUGCUCUAGACAAAUACUUCCCAAUUGACUCUGGUGUGCAGAUUAUUGGAGAACCCGGAAGAUACUAUGUUGCUUCAGCCUUUACCCUCGCUGUCAAUAUCAUUGCAAAGAAGGUUAUGGUGUCCGAACAGUCUGGAUCUGAUGAUGAAGAUGACUUCUCCUGUAACAAAACGCUUAUGUAUUACGUCAACGAUGGAGUCUAUGGAUCUUUCAACUGCAUCUUGUAUGACCAUGCUCAUGUCAAGCCUAUGCUUCAGAAGAAGCCCAAGCCAGAUGAGAAGUACUACUCCAGCAGCAUAUGGGGACCAACAUGUGAUGGACUGGAUCGUAUAGUUGAACGAUUCGACCUCCCAGAACUGCAUGUUGGAGACUGGAUGCUGUUUGAGAACAUGGGAGCUUACACUGUUGCUGCAUCUUCAACAUUCAAUGGAUUCCAGAGACCAUCAAUUUACUAUGUUAUGUCACGGCCAUACUGGCAACUGAUGCACAAUAUCAAAGAACAUGGAAUCGUCCCUGAAGUGCCAGAGUCGAGUGCUCUUCACACAUCUUGUGCCUUGGAAAGUGGAUUGGAGCUUGGUACUACAGCCUGUUCUUCAGCAAGCGUCAAUGUAUAGAUUUUUACUUUAUUUAACUGAUUUAGGUAACUGUAGAUGUUACAUGUAUUAGAACUCAACUUUUGGGACCAUAAUUUAACUUUGUUUUUGUAGAGUUAACAUUCAGCAUUAAUGCAACAAAAUGGAUGACUGGGAGAUGGGGUCACAAUUAUCUGUGUUCCUAUGGAAACUUUUUUUUUAUUCUUUUCAAUUAUAUUAAAGAAGCAUUGCUGCCACACAAGCAUUUUAGCUUGUGCACUGGCAGACUGUCUUCAUGUGUUACAUGUUUUUACAAAUAAAAAAUGUGUAAAAAUUUU